AUGAGGACCACAAACCGCAAACUUAACGGACUACAAGUCCCAACGCUGUGUGGGGCGUGCUGUGCGUGGAACGUCAAAUUUAUGUUUUUCUUCCUCGAGCUGCACAGGCACGCGCUGGCUGGUUCACUACUACGGGAAAAAAAGAGUGCCUCAGGGAUGCACAGCGCCAGUGCAGGCAGCGGUGACCUGGGCUACCUGCCUUUAGCCUACGCUGCCCUUCCGCACUUAAAUGCCCCAGAGAUGGGCGUGUCAAAGGGGCAGCCGCCCAGCAGCUCACAUCACCUGCCAGGGAGCUCCAUGACAAGCACAAGCUGGGAGAGAAGAUGCCUGAGGAAGCACAGGAGAAGGACAGACGAUGAAGAUUGUAGUGCCAAAAAGCGAAAGCUGAUGGAAGUAGCAGGUUCAGAUCCCUUAGAUUACGCAAGCCCGAAACCCUGUCAGAGCUGGUCAGCGGAGGCCACUGCCCGUUCUCCAUCAAUCCAGCUCAGCCAUCCAGCCCUCCAGCCAGGUCCUAGCGCCCAAGAAGCCAGUCUGGCCUUCUCUCCUGUCUCUGUCCCCUCAGCCAGACCGGACACAGAGGGCUCCUGCAUGGAGGUGGAGGCGGCACAGAGGAAGCUGCAGGAGAUCGAGGACAGGAUCACUCUGGAAGAUGACAGUGAUGAAGACCUGGACGUGGAGCCGGCUCAGCGCAGGCCUGUGCUUGUGCUGUCCGACAGCCUGAGGGAGGGGCUGCAGCGAGGCAUUGGCGAUGUUCUCCCUCAUACAGUAGCGCAGUCAGUGAGCCACUCAUGUAUGGAGUUGGUGCUAUGGCGCCCCCCAGAGGACCCAUUCACCCAGCAGCUAAAGGACUGCCUCCAGAGACAGCAGCGCAAACAACACCCUGUGUGCAGACAGACGCCGACGCCCAUACCCAGCACCCCCCUCCCCGAGCAAAUGCAGCCUAAAGAGCCAGCUGAACAGGCCUUCAGCCCUCUCUACUGCCCCCCAGUGGCCUCCAGCAGCAGCGGGGAGGAGGAUAUGGAGCUAUAGACUUA